AUGGGUAGGAAAAAGAAGAAGCAGUCUAAACCAUGGUGCUGGUAUUGCAAUCGUGAAUUUGAUGAUGAAAAAAUUUUAAUUCAACACCAGAAAGCUAAACAUUUUAAGUGUCACAUUUGUCAUAAAAAGUUAUAUACAGGACCUGGUCUUUCGAUACAUUGCAUGCAGGUCCAUAAAGAAGCUAUUGAUAAGGUUCCCAAUUCCAUGCCUACCAGGUCGAAUAUUGAAAUAGAAAUCUAUGGUAUGGAAGGUAUACCUCCAGAAGAUUUAAAGGAGCAUGAAAAACAAAAACAAGGAAAACACGGACGUCCUGGUUCUCCUAGCAGUGGGGAAGAUGAACCACUACCAAAAAAAAAAUCAGAAGGUUUAAUGGGACCUCAGCCAGGUAUGCCUCAGAAUAUGGUUAACCCAGGUUUUCCAUCCAUUUCACCAAUGAUGGGACCAAUGGGCCCAAUACCACCAUUUAUGCCACCUGGGAUGGGAAUGAUGGGCAGUGGAGCACCUGUACCUUCAGCCAUACCUGCUCCACAUUUGCAAAAUAAGCCACUUUUCCCAAGUGCUGCUGCCAUUGCAUCGACAACAAAUCAGACUAAUAAUAAUGAUACAAAAACUACUACGACUGCUGCUAUUGGACCUGUAAAGCCCACAUUUCCUGCUUAUAGCAGUUCGAGUGGUUCACAAAGUGCUAACAGCUCAGCAGCAAGCUCAGAACCAUCUAAGGUGAACUUAAUAAGUGCUGUUGGUGGUUCAAGUAAAAUAAUACAUCCUCCAGAAGAUAUAUCAUUGGAGGAGUAUUUAGCGAAACUUCCAAAAUACCAAGGAAGUUUGCCAGCAACACCUCCUGCUGAAGAUACACCAUCAUCUUCAUCUCCUCCUCCUACCACUACAGCACCAGCCACUGUAACAUCACAGCAGCCUCCAGAGGAACGGCGAGUACCUGUAAGUAGGAUGCCAGUUGGUGUAUCUGGUGGUAUGCUUCCUCCAGUUUCUAGUGUUGCCAUAAUGGCCGGUGCUUGCCCUCCUCUGAUAAGAGCUGCACCACCCACUAUACCUUUAAUACCUGCAAGUAUGCCCCUUUUAAGGCAUCCUCAAAUGCAGUUACAUCCAGGUAUUUCCUAUCAAGGUUUGAUAGGUGGUGUUGUUCCUCCGCAGGUGGCUUACGGUGGAGGUCCACCAAUGUUUCCGGCAGGACCACCUGCUGUCCUCACGCCCAUGAUGCCCCCUCGCUUCAGAUGA